AUGACGGACGAGAAAAGUAAAAAACAUUUGAAACUGAAAACAAUUGAUGACCUUCGAAAAGAUGCGACCUACGAAUUGAAUCUCUUCUCGAAAAGACGACGAUCACAAUUAUGUACAUCAGCGAAACUAAUUGACGAAGAUUACGCGGAUGAUCAAGUUAUUACUGAUUCCGAUAAUGGCGAAGAUUCAGAUGAGGAAACUACAGCAGGAGUCAAUGAUAAAACAGUUACAACCAGUGGACAGAAAAAACAAAAGCAACGAAAGACAUAUGUGCCAGAAUUGUUGCCCAUGGGUUCGAGAGAUGAUCCAUCGAAGCCCAUGAUCACUCUGUCGAAUUAUCUGAUGAAAAAACGUAAAUGGCCGUAUCGCGGAUGGCACAAGCGAUACUUUGUGUUAAACAAUGGGUCACUUGUUUACGGCAAAUCAGAACAAGAGAUUAAACGUGGCCGAUACAAUGGCAAAUGUGAUAUUGGUUUAUGUAUUGUAACUUUUGUUCGAGAAUUACAACGAAUUAACAUCGAUGAAACGAACUCGGUUUAUCAUAUAAAAAUCAAAGAUAAGAAAACGUUUGAUCAAUGGCUGGAACAGAUCGCACUUCAUCGAAACAAUCGUCAAAAGAUUUUAGAACAACAAAGUCCAUUAAUUCAACAACUCAAUUCUUCCGAUGAGAACAAAACCGAAGCCAAUGACACAGCUCAAUCAUCUACUCACAAUUCCAUCCCGUCAACUGAUCGAUUGUUUUACAAUGAUUUCGCUGACAUACAAGUUCAGUUAAGUAGCUUAUCAGAUAUUCUCGAACACAUCAAGACAAACGCCACCACGACAGGAUCAAGUGUAUCAUCGAGAUCGAUUGAUGGAAGUAAGACAAGCGGUGGACAUACACCAUCAGCUAGUAUCAGCAGUAUCAAUUCAUUUACCUUACUCGAUGCUCAACGACAAGAUUAUUUUGAAAUUUCCAAAAAAGUCUUCGAUAAUCUCAAUAAUCUUUACAAACGUCUGUCCGUUCUUGCUAUUGAACAACAACAACAACAACAGCAGCAGCAAAGUUCAUUGAUUAACACAGCUCAUGCCGGAACAAGUAAUACUCUCCAAUCGAUCUCAUCGACAUCGACGACCAUGUCUCGGCACGGAUCGAUCUUUUACGAUGCCCCUGAGGCUCUUAGUGCAUUAAUGCUAAACGAAGAAAAAGAUGAAAUUGAAAAAAUGUCCGAUUCGGAAUCAUCAAGUUGUGGUGACGAUGAAAGUCAUGCCGGCGACUUAUCUCGGCAGCCAGCUAUUCCACCCCAAUUAAAGCCGCCUCAAAUACAAUGGCGUCGUUCGUCAUUACCAGCGUAUGCUCCAGAUACAUCGAAUAUUGGCUUAUGGAACAUCAUGCGGAAAGCAAUUGGAAAGGACUUGUCUCGUGUCGCUAUGCCCGUCAUCUUGAAUGAACCAUUGGGCCUGUUACAAAAAUUAUGCGAAGAAAUGGAAUAUUCGGACUUGCUUGAUCGUGCUUCUCAAACAGACGAUGUUCAUUUGCGUUUGGUUUAUAUAGCUGCAUUCAUUGUGUCAACAUAUUCUUCAAACUACUAUCGAACAGGAAGAAAAAAUUUCAAUCCUUUACUUGGCGAAACAUAUGAAUGCAUACGCGAAGAUAAAGGAUGGAAGUUCGUCGCUGAACAAGUUAGUCAUCAUCCACCCAUUAGUGUUUGUACUUGUAUUUCUCCAAAUUUUAUAUUUUCUCAAAAACUACAAGCCAAAGUUAAGUUUUGGGGUAAAUCCAUGGAAAUUUUUCCUGAUUCAUUGAAUACAUUGAUAUUUCCCAAAUAUAACGAGACAAUUACAUGGAAUAAAUGUACUAUGUGCAUACACAACGUUCUUUCACCAGAACGAUGGAUCGACCAUUACGGUGAUGUUCUUGUCGAAAGUUCAUCCGGUAAUAAAGCGCGAAUUAGUUUUAUACAGAGUGAUUAUCGAACGCGCUUGAACAAUGUGGCAGGUGAUAUUGAAAACACGACAGGAAAGGUGGUGCACAAAAUUUUUGGUCAUUGGCAUGAGAAUGUAUUCUGUGGAAAUGAUCAAACAGCUAAAUGUAUCUGGAGACAGAGUGCUGUGCCUGAAAAUUCUAAACAGUAUUAUGGUUUUACUCGUUUUGCGAUAGAAUUAAAUGAGUUGAAUGACGAUUUGCGACAACAACUUCCACCAACAGAUACUCGCUUUCGGCCCGAUCAACGAUUAUUGGAAUCCGGGCAAGUUGACCAAGCUGAAAAAGAAAAGGCUCGCAUCGAGCAAGCUCAAAGAUCACGUUCUGCAACUGGUCUAUGUCCUAAGUGGUUCAAACAAGACGGUGAUUCAUUCACUCUCAUACGUGAUGAGGAUCCGUCGCACAGCUAUUGGAAGAAGCGCGAAGAACACUGGACAAAUGUUGAAUUUCUUCAAUUAUGGUAG